AUGAAAACACAACCAUCACUGGACCGACCCAUCUCCAAUCACAGCUCUGUGCGCCUCCCUACUCAUCGAUCACUACGGCAGCCGCGUACCGAUCUCGGUCGCAUACCUCGAAACUACCGACCUCCCUCCACCACGAGUACAGAUCCUCCGUGGAGACAACCGCCGAUGCCAUCAACACCAACCGCGAAUCCAUCGCGAUGCUCUCAAACUCCAACAACACCCCUCUGCGAAACCGCCCUCCAACAACCGUCGUCCUCCCGCCUCCGAUCCUCCGUCUUCAAAAGACUGAAAAUGAACACUGUGAUUAAGAGGACUAAGAAACUAUCGUGCAAAGAGAAUAAGAGGUUGGUGUGUUAUUAUUGUAUUGGUUUAUUAAUAUAUGCAUCUUAA